CCAACCCUUCUGUGGUUCUGCCUCCCCUGUUUAUCAAAAGACCGAGAAGAAACCAACAGAGCUUGCUUGUUGCUUCCAGAACCUCUCCCGCCCGCGUCACCCCAGUCUCCGUUUUCAGGAAAAUCAGUGUGGAUGAUGAAGACGAUGAGGAGAGAGUUACAGCUUCGCCAGACAAAAAGGAAACACGUGUCUCCUCAAGAAAAUGAAUCAACUGUAAUUGCAAAAAUCAACUCUCAAGCUAAAGUACAUGAUACUUAUGAGGCUGAGAUUAAGGAAGAAUUAUGUUGUGAUGAGUGCAAUGGCAAGUUCGAUGAAGAGGGGAUUCCCAUACACAAUGAUCCUAUUGGUGUGGAUGAGGUUCCAGUUGAGGGUGAUGCUGCUUCCUCUGGAGCAAAAGAUGUAUCGACCAAGGGUUUUGGUGUUCAAAUUGAUUGCAAUGAUUUCCUCCCUUCGGAUCUUCAGAGAAAGAGUGCUGUAUAUGAAGUUAUUUUAUUGAUUCAGUAAUGAUUUGUUAUUUAUUGUUCA